AAGAAUUUUCAAUGAAAUAACGGCAAAGCAUCUUUCUUUCCGAUGUACCAAAUAGAAGACGGGGAAAGGAAAGUCGGAGCUGAGAUCCUCCGGGAAACCAACACCCAGAAUCUCCGGUAAGAAAAUGUGGGAAUCAAUCUGCCUAACCGUAGCGGCCACCGCUGGCAACAACAUCGGCAAAGUCCUCCAGAAGAAGGGCACCCUCAUUCUCCCCCCUCUCUCUUUAAAGCUCAAGGUGAUAAGAGCAUAUGCAUUUAACAAAGCUUGGGCCUUAGGUUUUCUAAUGGAUUUGUUUGGAGCUGUCUUAAUGUUGCGAGCAUUGUCCCUUGCCCCUGUUUCCGUCAUUCAGCCUGUUUCUGGCUGUGGACUUGCCAUUCUUUCAGUCUUUUCCCAUUUUUAUCUCAAGGAGAUUAUGAAUCAUAUUGACUGGCUGGGGAUUGCGUUGGCUGGAAUUGGAACCAUAGGUGUUGGUGCUGGAGGGGAGGAUCAAAAGGCUUCAUCGAUUUCCAUUUUUCAUUUACCAUGGCUGGCAUUUUCUGUUGCAACUUUGUUUGUAAUCCUUAAUGGUUGUCUUCGCAUAUAUAAGCGCCAGAGAAGAGAACAAGAAUUGAUGCAAUAUGAAGUAGUUGAAGAAAUAACUUAUGGUCUGGGAUCUGGCAUACUGUUCGGAUUAUUGCUGGUUGUUUGGGAUAAUCGUUUGUACAAACUAAAUGUCCAGAUGCAUAUGGCUCCAAGGAUGGCAUCUGUUAUAUCAAAGCUUGGGUUUUUAUUCUUGGAGCAAGGUUUCUCAAAGCUGCUGUUACCUAUCUGCAUCUCCAUCAGCACAUGCUGCAGUGCUUCUGGAUUCAUUUACCAGACACGUGGCUUGAAGCAUGGGAGAGCAAUCGUGGUUUCUACAUGUGCCGCUGUUGCAUCAAUCGUUACUGGAGUAAUUGCCGGCAUGCUUGCAUUGGGCGAACAGUUGCCUUCAGCACCCAAAGCUCGUCUAGUUCUUCUCCUUGGAUGGCUAUUUAUUAUAAUUGGUGUGAUGUUGCUGGUCACUUCAAAGCGCAUUCUGCGUUGUCUUCCCCGACCUUUGGGACGCAUUCUCCGAGGUGGCGCUGAGAGAAAUCAAGGCUUGAGACAGUCAAGCUCAAUCCGCAUUAGAGAUCCGAGCCCCACUGUGAUCCAAGCAACUACACUGCACCACUUGAUACCGUCUCCACCCAAAGAGAAGGCUUGAAACUGGUAGCUAUAUUGCCAUUUGGUCCGGUCGGUGUACAGCAGUAUGGAUGGACCACCUCAUCACCCGCUUAUAUACAACAGACAGACUCUCAUAAGCAGAAGUUUCACACCAGAGGGCUUCAACCCUAUUUGUGUUGGAAUCCUUUUCUUGAGGCGUAUUUACUGUAAACGACUUUGAGAGAUGGUUGUGUUGUAGACUGAGUGAGCUGCAGAGGAAAAUUGGUUUAUUAUCAUCGUUAUUGUUGUCAUUAUUAUUGAUGUUGCUCUUUUAUUACUAUUAUUACUAUCAUACUAAUAAUAACAAAAAUAAUGAUAAUGCAACUAUUUU